GAUGGUUGGCUCUCGAGCGAGGAGCAGGUCGAGAUCAAGAUCUGCAGCCGAGUUUUCAGAUGGCGUAGAUGAGGUUGGCUCUCGUUCGAGGAGGUCGAGAUCAAGAUCUGAAGCCGAGUUUUCAGAUGAUGUUGAGAAGACACCGCAGUGCAUUGCCUGGUUAGACACAUGGCGACAGAAGAUUCCUGCAUUCGCAUCAGCCUUGGACCGCUAUGCUGCUGGGCUACGGCGGCAAUUAGUGGUUGGCACAGGCUGCAGCGGAACAGGGGCACCAUCUCACGCCCUAGACCAACUGCUGCCGGGUCGCUUUGUUGAAGUCAUCGCCAGUGAGAGGCAUGCACCGACGCGUGAGUUCUUCCUGGCGAACAAUUGGGUCGAGCAUUGUUGGAGCGAUAUCCAGGGUCCGCGGAUUGGUGGCUUUUGCGCUACCCAUGGACAGCAUUGCGAUGGAGUCCCGCCAGCUGGUGAUGCUGCUCAUGUUGCUCUAGACCUAUUCGUUUGCGGCCGUGUGCAAAUUGUUUUCAGCUGA